UCGAGCUUUGUUCUCUUCAAUUGAGUAAGAGCUCAAUUUCAGGUUCCUUUUAUCAGUUUCGGAAAUCAAACCCCGAGAAAGUUUUUUUAUAUCUUCGAUCAGCAUGUUUCGCCUGCCCAAAGACAUCCCGCGAGCAACCCUCGCUGGCGCCGUUAUUUGCAUCACCAUCUCAGGUACGCUGUUUGGUGCAUCACAAAAAUCUCAGCAUCAGUAUCAACAGAAAGUCCAGGAACAAAGGGCGCUCGAGCCAACAAUCGAUGAGCGAAUUGACGGACUAAGAGGCAUGCGGGAAAACUUGCUGGCCAAAAAAGAACUCGUGGAGAAGCAGCUGCAAAAUCUAGAAAUCCGCAUCGCAGAAAGAACCCAGAAUCAACCCAAUGAGCCGAAGAAGGAACCACCUCACGGUAGGUGAAGGACUGCAACCCAAGGGAUCGAUGUCAAUCCCAAUUACUGUCGCCGUCCAGGAUCUUGUUCAGAUCACUACUUUCUGGUCUCAGACCAAGGGCUGGCGCUGGUAUGCCAGAUACCUGAAGUGCCGGCAGC